UCCUUCAAAAUAAGAAAACUUAUAUGCAACAUAUGAAUUAAGUUGAACAAUUCUACAUCAAUUGUUCAGAACAAGAACUUGAAAUGAACAUGAACAACUCCAUGUUCUUCCCCUUCCUUUUCUUCCUAUUUUCCUCUGCCAGUUUCUUCACAGAACCAGCUCGUGCUUCUCUAUGUCCAGUUGAUCUCAGCUACGUUGAAACCUUCCCGUGGGACACGUUUGUCUGUCGUGAUCCCAAUCAAAAAGGUUGCUGCCAAGCACUCUUAAGCCUAUUUGGUGUAGGACUUGCCCAGCACCUCAAGGACACCUCCAUGUUUCAGCUACCAGACGCCAACUCUUCAUCUGCUUGCUUGUCUGAUUUCCAAGCUAGACUUGCUCACUUAUCCAUCAACCCGUCUUUAAUCCCUUUCUGCUUCGACAACGCCACCCAGUUCGUGGCAAAUGCUUCCAGCUGCGCUGGGAUCAUCACAACUGAAGAUUGGACCAAAAAGGCUGGCCCUGUGACUGCACUAGAUGGAUCUUGCAAGGGUAACUUAACAUUAACUAGGUGCAGUUCAUGUCUUGAUGCAGGCUUAAAGGUGAAUUCUCAGUUGUUUGCUCUAGACCCAAAUAGCAGCAAGUGCUUUUACUUUGUUAUUUUAUAUGCAGCAGCUUUUGUUAAUGAGUUUGGUCCCAAGGAUACCAGCACUGCGGCUUGCAUUCUUGGCUUACCACUGGCUACUUCUGCCACCAAUAGUUACAAACCAAGAAACAAGUUAAGCACCUUAUUACUCAAGCUAGUUUUUGGAAUUCUCGGUGGUGCUGCUGGUGUUCUGAUGAGUCUUGCGGUUACCAUACUAUAUAAAAAAUGGGAAAAGAAAAGGAAAGGAAAGGCUCUGCACCAAGAAUUCAUUACUAGCUUCAAGUCAAGUGUGUUACCCAACUCAGGAGCAAAAUGGUUUGGGAUAUUGGAGCUUGAGCGAGCCACUAAUGGAUUUUCUCGAAAGAAUUUGAUAGGUCAGGGCGCGCAUGGAGUUGUUUAUAGAGGAAAUCUUUCAGAUGGUACUUUGGUUGCAGUGAAACAAAUUCUUGAUCUUGACUCAACAAGGGAUGAAGAAUUCACUAACGAAGUCGAGAUCAUUAGCAAAAUAAGACACCGAAAUCUUCUUUCUCUUCGCGGUUGCUGUAUUGCAAGUGAUAACUUAGGAGGCAGAAGAAGAUAUCUAGUUUAUGAUUUCAUGCCAAAUGGUAGUCUCGGCGAUCAUUUAUUCGAUAUUCAUGGAAGAAAAAGAAGCCACCUAACUUGGCCCCAGCGCAAGAACAUAAUUCUUGAUGUGGCAAAAGGAUUAUCUUACUUGCAUCAUGGACUAAAACCAGGCAUUUAUCACCGUGAUGUCAAGGCUACCAACAUACUUUUGGAUUCAGAAAUGAAAGCAAAAGUAGCAGAUUUCGGGUUAGCCAAACAAAGUUUAGAAGGUCAAUCCCAUUUAACCACAAGAGUUGCUGGCACACAUGGAUACUUGGCUCCAGAAUACGCUCUCUAUGGCCAGUUAACUGAGAAAACUGAUGUUUACAGCUUUGGAAUUCUGUGUCUCGAGAUUAUGAGUGGGAGAAAAGUUAUCGACACUUCCAAAUCAUCAUCUUUUCUUCUGAUCACAGAUUGGGCCUGGACAUUAGCCAAAGCAGGAAAUAUAGAACAAGUGUUUGAUGAAUCAAUAAGAGGAGGUCCCAAAGUGGUUAUGGAGAGAUUUGUUCUAGUUGGGAUUCUUUGUGCUCAUGUGAUGGUGGCAUUUAGGCCUACAAUUUCUGAUGCUUUGAGAAUGCUGGAAGGCGAUAUCGACAUCCCUACAUUACCCGAUAGACCAUUGCCGCUAACCCAUGAAUCCUUUGCAUAUUCUUCCUGGCAUGGCGAGAAAUCAAGCUCAUCGACACAGCUACCUCGGCAGCACAUUACUUGAUUGUAUUCUAUUCUUUCCAGUUUUCUGUACUCAAACAUGUCCUACGCUGCUAACCCAUCACUUUUUUUUUUCUUUAGUGCAAAUUCAACCUUUCACCUUUUUCUAAUCUACAUUCUGGGUUUGUGACUUUAGAACAUUGGAUGAUUAUUGGGUGCUCAGGAUUAAUCAUAGUCAAACUUGUCCAGCUUAAUGCUUAUGAUUUUUUCUAAAAUUAAAUGGAUGAACAAUACCUACUACAUGGAUGGGCAGAGUGAUCUUUGUUGACAAAUAUAUUUUCAAAGUCUGUAAUUACUUCAAAAGAUGAAUGAAUUAAUAAUAGCACGAUAAAACCAAUUUCUAUAAAAUAUAAAUAAAUUAAAGGUUAGGCGGAAUGCAUUCAUAUAAAAAUUUCACAUUGGUAUGAGCAUUUUUCAUUUUAUAUUAGUAAUUGUUCCAAAGUGGGAACAGUCAAACGUAUCGUAUAUCCUAUUGAAUAAGAAAAGCUUACAAAAGGAUGCUAAUCCGAUAACGAUUUUCUAUAAGAAAAAUUUAGAAGGGGUAAUUUUGUUUGUGAGAAGAUGAUCCUCUCUCUAUAAAUAAGAGAAUUCAAUUAAUUCUAACUGAUACACUAUGCAAUAUGGAAGAACUGUUUCUCAUAAUCACCUGUGUUUGUACAGAGGCGCAAAACUCUAAUGGAGACGUUUCA